UUUCUAAUUUCUCCUUUCUAAUUUCUCCUUUCUCGAUUUUGUCAGGCACCGCCCUUUAAAACCGGGGGCGCCUUCGGUCGUGCCACAACAAAGAUGGCGGCCCAACAGGAAGUGGUUUCAGCCACAAGCAAGAUGGCGGCCGGAACAAGGGGCAGUCUCCUAAUGCCCCACUCAAGAUGGCGGCUCGGAAAGAGGGCUUUUACCUUCCAAAGAUGGCGCCCAAAAAGGCGGGAAAACACAAGGACCCCCAUGGCGUCUACCCAACUGCCUGUGCGCGACCCCGAAAACAGCGCCUCCCAGGAACAAUUUUCCGCGGCGCUUCCCGGUGCGAGGGAGCUGUGUGUGCGCUCUGCCACGCUGCGGUGCGGUUGCAGCAGCCAUUUUGGUCAGGCAUCUGAGUAACCAGCUACCCGGGGCCUUUGGGGGUGCCACAAAAAAGAUGGCGGCUCAACCAGAUGUGGCUUCACCCACAACCAAGAUGGCAGAGACAACAGGCGGAAGUCACGUGAUGCCACUCUCAAGAUGGCGGUUUGGCAAGAUGCCUUUGACCUUUCCAAGAUGGCGGCCAAAAAGGCGGGAAAAACACAAGGCCCACCAAUGGGCGUCUACCCAACUGCCUGCGCGCGGCCCCGAACACGGCGCUGCCCCGUGGCAAUUUCCGCGGCGCUUCCCAGUGCGAGGGUACGGGGUGCGCGUUCCGGCAGUCAUUUUGGUCAGGCGUCUGAGUUAGGAAACAGCCGGGGGCCUUGUUGUUGUUGCCACAAACAAGAUGGCGGCUCGGCGUCCGGGCAACGACCUUCCCCAAAUGGCUCAGAAGUACCAAAACAAAGAGUUGCUCACUGCUCUGCUCGUGUUACACUGAGACCCCCUCACACAGCGGCCAACAGCUCUGCUGAGACCGUGCCCUGAUGUUUGGUUUUCUUUGUGAGAGCUGACUGAGACACAGCUGCCCGGGGACAGCAGGGAAUUCCCUGAGGGCAGGAUGGCCUUCCUUUGCACCCGAUGCAGAUUCUCGUCCCCGGAAGUCCCAGAGAUAAGUGGAGGGCUAUGAGCCCCGGAGGGGAUGAAAGCAGGGUGCCGGGUGGGGACUCACCGGGAGGGGUCUGGAGUAGGCUCUGCAGGCUGGGAUGGCCCAGAUGUGACCCUUUAGGCCACAUCAAGGGAAAGUCUCUGUUUUGAUCACAGUGCUGAAGUGUGCAAAGCAGUCCCAGGCCAUGUGGAGUCACUUGUCUGUUGUGCACUCUGUGUUUUUGGGUGUCUCACGUGCAAUGUCUUCUGCCUUAGCCCUUCGAGGAGCCUCUCGGAAACACCAGGGCAUCGUUCUUAACAUCUCCCUAUUCCUCAGCUCGGCGCCUUUGACUCGGGAGCUUGCACACACAUCAGAAUUGCAUCUGUGUUCAGAACCAUCCGGUCCCAGGUCUUUUCAGGUCUUGUUCUGAGCUGCACUGACAGCUGUGCACCACAGUGAUCCCUUAUGGCGGAUUAAGCCUUGUAAGAAUGCCGAGCUAGGUCAAGGUAUCUGACCGUAGGGUUCUCGGGCAUCCAUCUUUGCAGUUCUCGGACGAAGCAGUUCUGCUGGCACCUUCUUGCUGCCGGGCUCUCCGAGCCUCAUCGGCUCCCCAUCGGUCUUACCUCGGUCAUCUCCUUCUGCAUUCUCUCGGUCCUCAGGGUCCUUCUUCUGGCCAAGCCUUUUCUCUCUCUGUUGCGUCCCUCUCGUUUGUGGUGUCCUGUGUCACGGGUGUUGGUGUGCGUUUGGCCCUGCGCUGCUCUGCCCUGCUGCGUAGCCUGGGUGUAGGGGUAGUAGGAUAUGUCCCGGGGACUUGAAGUUUGCAGUGUAGGGUGUAGUUGGAGUGUAAGACGGUAUUUUUAGAUGGGCACAAGAUGCCUGGAGCUUUAAAGUUAUCCUGGAGCGCUCUGACUUUUGUCCUAACUUUCUUGCAGAUGCAGAUGGAUUAAAUCUGUGGCAGAGUGCCCCAUCCCGGGUAGUAAAGCUGGGUAUUGGCAGUAAAGGUCAAUGAAGCAAGUUGGUUCACUUGCUGGAUGUCCCAGCCCUGGAUGCCAGAGGCCAGAUGGGUGUAAGCUUAAGUUGCUGCUGCUGCCCUAGGCGUGCUGAGGAAUGGAGGAGAGCAGGUGCCCUGUGGAGGUGCGGAGCCUGAUUUUGGAUACGGCAGCACCGGAGCAGACGCAGAGAAUGUCUCGAUGUCGAUGGUCCUGACGCAUUCUUUUCCAUCAAGAAUGGAUUUUGUCUGCUCGUCUCCUGAAAGAUAAGUGUUGGGGCUGGUGAUCAGGAGAAGAGGAAAAACCUUUUCCAUUCUAGGAGGCAAUUUAAAGUUAGCUUAGAUGAGAGGGCUGUAGAGGGAUGGACCAUUUGGAAGUAAAGGGAGAGCAUUUCUCCUCAGCCUCGUUGGAGCCUUCCCUGGCCAGGGCAGUUCUGACCCCUCUCCAUGUUCUAGUGAGCUUUGUGGUGUCAGCCAUCUUCAAGAGUCCCCAGGGUUAGGGUGCACCGAGGGAUGCCCAGCCCACCCUGGGAUCUGUGUCCUGGGAGGAACCCAAGUUGCAGGUUGUAGGGUUCAGCAGGGGCACUUGACAGUGACACACAGAGGCUGAGGGAGGACUUGAGAGGGAAAGGACUCAAGGGCUUGAGAGCACAGAGUGAAAAUAAGGGCGACAGGCAGGGACACAAGUUAGAAUACAGGUAUACCCGCCCUCACAGCAGCCCUCCCAACACCCCUGUUGUUCUGAGAGUAGAUGCCAGCAGCAACCCUAAUGCAGGACAAUGCCAGAACUCCGGAGAGGUGCAGGCAGUAAGCUGAAGGCUAGGCUAGGCAGAGAGCAGCAGUGGGGCUGUGGAUUCCCCUGGGUUUUGUAUUAACAGGCUAUGCUCACCAUGGGAUCCGUGUUCUGCUGCAACCAGGGAGGCUCACACCCUUUAUGGAGACUCUGGUGGGUGGUCGCUGCCCCAAAAACAUGAUGCUGUGAUCAGAGACUCAUGAGACUGAGCUUGCUGACAAUGGAUCAAGAGUCUCUGAUAAGAGCUAAAGGCAGAUGUCCAGGCAAGAACAUUGAAACCAGGAAGGGACAGCAGUGAAUAUACUGAUCCUGGUUACAAACACAGCUCAGCCAGGCUGAUGCCAGAGCAAGAGUCAGGUGGAAUCCCGGCCCCUUCAAUCCUGACAUCUUCCUGAAAUUCCUCUGGAGUUGGUGAUCUGAAGAGCCCUGAAACAUUGCAACAUCUUCAGAGUGGUUUGCAGCAGGAACCCCCAGGAGCACAGUCCCACUGCAGAGAACCUGGAAACAGAAAUGAAGGUACACAUGCACACAAAAUUUUGCAUCAUUUGUUUGCUGACAUUUAUUUUUCAUCAGUGCAAUCAUUGCCAUGGAGAUGGACACAACAAUGGUCCCAAAAAGGAUCGUGUACACGACCAUAAUGACUAUCAGAUCUCAAAUGAAUCAUACUUCCAGAAUGGAGGAACAGAAUCUAUGCCCAGUAAAUUUUCAACGUUGGAAGCAGAAAAUGAACAAAAAUACUACAUUGAAAAGAUUUUUGAUCGCUAUGGUGAAAAUGGAAGAUUAUCUUUUUUUGGCCUGGAAAAAUUGUUAAUAAGCCUUGGUUUGGGAGAGGUAAAAGUUGUGAUGAUAAAUCAUGAUGAUAUUGGCCACGAUCAUGUUUCUCACUUGUAUGCUUUGGAAGUACAGGAAGGAAAGCAUUUUCAUCCUCAUAACCAUGCUCACAGCCACUCAGAUUCAGAAAACCAGACCACUGUUGGUGUGUCUGCAAAGAGAAAUCAUAAAUGUGACACUGAGAGAGACACGGCAGUGCCCUCCGUGAAGGAGGAUGGCAAACACGUCCACAACCAAAGCCGCCGUCACCACCACCACCACCACUCACGCCCGCACCGGCACGAGCACAGCGGCACGCGCCACUCGCGCAACGAUUCCGUCAGUCACGGUGACCAUGCAGAGCAGAGCCACGAGCCCUCCACGGAGACAAACACCACUCAGGAUCAGCCAGAACGGAAACAGCGGAAACAGAAGAAGAAGCAGAAGAAGAUCAGCGAGACGUCAGGAGACACCGCGUGGGAUUAUGCCCCAGAGCACGAUCCCGGCGAUCAGUACGAGCACAACCGCGUUCACAAACAUGACCAUGUCCACGACGCCUCUCACUUGCACGGGCACCACCACGAGCACAGCGGUGCCCGCUCUGCCGGCCACGGGCACCAGGAUGGCAUCGUGGGCAGCGCCACCGGGCACCGCCACACCAGCAAGCGAGAGGCCUCGCACAAGCAGAUCAGCGUGAGGAAAAACGCGCUUCCCGCAGCACGCGGGCACAAGGAUCGUAGUGAGGACGAGCACAGACAUGAAGAGUGCUUAAAUGCUACACAGCUGCUACGGUACUAUGGUCUGGAAGCCAGCUCUCUAAUAUCUCCUGAGUUCUUCGUGUACAUAUGUCCUGCUUUGCUCUACCAGAUUGAGAGGCGGCUUUGUAUUGUACAUUACGAUGAGCUGGAAGAUCUUACAAGAAAUAAAAAUGUAUCAGUUGAGAAUAAAGAUAAAACAGGUGCAUCAGCCUGGUUUUGUGGUAUCAUCUCUAUCACCGUCAUUAGCCUGCUUUCCUUGCUAGGUGUGAUCUUGGUUCCCAUCAUUAACCAAUGGUGCUUCAAAUUUCUUCUAACUUUCUUGGUAGCUCUGGCUGUAGGAACAAUGAGUGGAGAUGCACUGCUCCAUCUCUUGCCACAUUCCCACGGAGGCCACAACCACAGCCACCACCACGGCCAGGGGCACGUGCACGAGCACAGGCGCUCGCACCGGCACGGCCACGCGCACGCCGAGGGCUUCCUGCAGGAGAACGAUCCCGUGCUCAAAGGGCUCUUGGCGCUUGGAGGCAUUUAUGUUCUCUUCAUCAUUGAGCAUUGUAUAAGAAUGUACAAACAUUACAAUAAACAAAAGAGUAAACAGAAAUGGUGCAAAAACACCCAGACUGAAGAAUCACCAAUUGGAAGGAAACUUUCUGAUCACAAAUUAAAUAACAGACCAGAUGCUGACUGGCUUCAGCUGAAACCCCUUGCAGGAGCAGACGACUCGGUUUUGUCUGAAGAUCGACUGAAUGAAACUGAACUCACUGACUUGGACGGGCAGCUGGAGCCCCCUGCCAAAAACUACCUGUCAGUAGAAGAGGACAACAACCUGCGCCACUUUCACAACGACAUCUCCCACGCCGCCCAAGAGCACGAGCUGCACGAUUCCGAGUAUGACAGCCAUGGCGAAGAUAAAAUGAUAGCUAGAAAACACAGUCACCACUGGCAUCACAAACAUUCCCAUCAUUCCCAUGGCCACUGUCAUUCUGGAAAAGACCUGAAAGAUACUGGGAUAGCUAAUAUUGCUUGGAUGGUAAUUAUGGGAGAUGGCAUUCACAACUUUAGUGAUGGCUUAGCAAUCGGAGCAGCUUUUAGUGCUGGACUGACAGGGGGAAUUAGUACAUCUAUAGCAGUAUUUUGUCACGAGCUUCCCCAUGAAUUAGGUGACUUUGCGGUGCUGCUGAAGGCGGGCAUGACGGUGAAGCAGGCCAUCGUGUACAACCUGCUGUCGGCCAUGAUGGCCUACAUCGGGAUGCUCAUCGGCACGGCCGUGGGGCAGUACGCCAACAACAUCACGCUCUGGAUCUUCGCCGUCACCGCCGGCAUGUUCCUCUACGUGGCUCUGGUCGACAUGCUUCCAGAAAUGCUUCAUGGAGAUGGAGAUAAUGAAGAGCAUGGUUACUGUCCUGUGGGGCAGUUUAUUCUUCAGAAUCUAGGCCUGCUUCUUGGAUUUGCCAUCAUGCUGGUGAUUGCCCUCUAUGAAGACAAAAUUGUGCUUGACAUCCAGUUUUGACCUGAUGCUGACGCUAAACACGUAUUGUGUGCCACUUGCAGCAUAAACUACUGAAGAAUUGUGGCUGUGAAUUUGUGCAAACACUUUUAACAAGAGAAUCCGUGCAGGAAUUUCUCCAUUUUUUUAAACGAUUAUUUUGGACUGUUUUCUUCUCUUCAUGUCAAACCAAGGUGCAAGAUGCUAGUUCCUGAAGCUGGACACAACGGUUAAAUUAUGCUCUGUGUAUGUUGUACUGGUAGGGUAUUUACAAUACUGUAACAGCGCAUCAAAUCUGUUCCUACAAUGCCUUGAUAUCAGACAUUGUGACAUCACCCAUUUCUGGCAGUAAAGAAUAUGUAAGAAGAUUUCUACUUCCAGUAUAAAGGAGUUCAUUUCUAUGAUAUUUUUUUACAAUUUUGGUAUUUAAAUUAGAUUAUUAAAAAGCAGAUGUGGUAGAACCAUGGUAUGGUAUUUAGAAGACUAGACUGAAAAUUUGGGCCUUAACUUCCUGGGACCAGCUGUCCUAGAUCAGAUUGUGCUGACAGGCAUUUAUUGCCAGACAUGAGUUAGUUCUUCUUGUACCCAUCUCCUUAAAAAAAAAAUAAAUAAAUUGUGAGUCUGUGGGGAGUGCAAGUUGAUUCUGUAGUACCAGUCCUAAGCAUGGUAGUAGCUUUUUUUUAAAACAUCCUGUUUGUCUCUCUUCUGUGUAUGCCAGGUAAAAGCUGUACUUUGACUAUGUGCCGUAAGUUUUAAAGUUCUGGUCUGCUUGGUGCCAGUGUAGCUGCUAAAAACACUAAUCCUAACGCCUUUAAAGAGAGCCAGUGGGUAUCUGCAUUCCAUUUCAAGUUCCUUUGUUUCCUGUGGCCCUUUAUGUGGGAAGCUUCAUUGGUCAGUUUAGCUUUUUCUGAGAGCAGCUCAUGUAUUUUAAAGGUAUCAGUUGGUUGCCAGUAUUUGUUCCUAAUGCAGUAUCAGGAAACAGUAUUAAGGGUCCAUUUCAAAGAAGGGUGCAGUUUCUUCAGUGAAGAAGCCAAAAGCCCAGAGUUCAGGCACGCAGCCAUUUGAUGUUCUGAACUCAGGUUUUCUUUUUUCCUCUUUAAAUGUGUUUACUGUAGAACCCUAAUUAGCAAACACACAGUUGUUACUUCAGAUUGCUGAAUUUCUGCAGUGUAAAACUCCAGGAUGAUAUUCUUGCAUUGUGCCCAUGUUAGGUCAAUGAGACAAAACUGCCUGGAUACCUUCUGAAGAUCUGAGUUUAAACAAUCUGUUUCUUUUGUAUUAAACUGACUGACUUAAGUUUUUCCUUUUCUGUUAAUUCUGAAAUAUAAGGGGGUCAUUAUGCAGCUGAACUGAUGUUUUGUCAAAUCAUUUUUUAAGGUUUAUUUCUCUUAAUUCUUUUCAAAUGAAGAUUUCUGUAUUUCCAGUAGUACAUUUACUGUUGUAUUAGUUGGAAUGUGGUUAUAGCUCAAUACACUGCCUCUGUAGGGAAAUAGUGAACUUCCUUCCAAGACCAUCUUCAGACAAGGGAAAAACAUGGUCCUUGAAGGUAGGUACUGUAUUUUUCAUGGAAUAUAGAUUGUUUACUUUUAUUUUCUAAUAUUUAUUGCAAAUGUAACAGAGCAGUGUAACAGCUGUGACUUCUCUAUGUUUCCACCAGUAUUGAAUUCCAGAUGAUUCCAGUAUACACUUUUGAGUCAUGUUACAGACAAUCUGAAUUCCACUACAUUUCUGUUUGGCUUCAACAUUCCAUUUUGCUUGAAUCCAGAGUCUCAUUUAACUUGUAUUUGUUGAGGGGCGUAAAUGUUACUUGUAUAUUACAAUGCUGUCACUGUGUGACAUCCCAUGUGAAUCCUGAUGUAAAUCACAUUGCACUCAAUCCGCUGUGAUUAUGCUUAGAAAAUGUAGUUGCUAGAUGCAGUGUGAUUGUUUUUGGUUUUUUUUCUUUCCUCUCCCCAUUAACAACUGAGUCUAUGGUUUAAAAUGUGAUAAUGGUCCAUUAAGAUGACUUGCUGAGCUAUUUUUUUUUGUUAUAACUAAAUCAUUUUUAAAAAAUUUUAUAAAGCUGGAAAUUAUCAAAUGCAGUUUUGUUUAUUGUCAACAGUGUUGUGUUCAUUUUAUGUAUGUUCCUUAUACAUAAGGAGCCUUCAGAAAAUAAAAAAAAUAUUCAAGGAGCAGA